CCGGGCACCCGGGGCGGUGGGAGCUUUGGGCGCCGUGCGCUGCGGGCUUCGGAAGCAGCCGGGAGCGGAGCGGGGCCGCCGGUGCCUCGCUAGGGCCGCAGCGUCAGUAGUUGGGCCCCCCGCCCCGGCCGGCGGCCCGGAGAACGCAGGAAGGGGGCCGGGGGGACCCGCCCCCGGCCGGCCGCAGUCAUGAACUCCAACGUGGAGAACCUGCCCCCCCACAUCAUCCGCCUGGUGUACAAGGAGGUGACAACGCUGACCGCCGACCCGCCAGAUGGCAUCAAGGUUUUUCCCAACGAGGAGGACCUCACAGACUUGCAGGUCACCAUCGAGGGCCCUGAGGGGACCCCAUACGCUGGAGGCCUCUUCCGCAUGAAACUCCUGCUGGGGAAGGACUUUCCUGCCUCCCCACCUAAGGGCUACUUCUUGACCAAGAUCUUCCACCCCAACGUGGGCGCCAACGGUGAGAUCUGUGUCAACGUGCUCAAGAGGGACUGGGCAGCUGAGCUGGGCAUCCGGCACGUGCUGCUGACCAUCAAGUGCCUGCUGAUCCACCCUAACCCCGAGUCUGCCCUCAACGAGGAGGCGGGCCGCCUGCUCCUGGAGAACUACGAGGAGUACGCCGCCCGCGCCCGCCUGCUCACCGAGAUCCACGGCGGUGCCGGCGGGCCCAGCGGCCGGAGGCCUGAGGCCGGCCGGGCCGUGGCCGGUGCGGCUGCGGCCUCCUCCACUGACCCUGUGGCCCCCGGAGGCCCGGGAGGGGCUGAGGGUCCCAUGGCCAAGAAGCACGCGGGCGAGCGUGAUAAGAAGCUGGCAGCCAAGAGAAAGACGGACAAGAAGCGGGCACUGCGGCGGCUGUAGCGGGCUUUUCUCCUUCCCCACCUGACCCCCAACUCUGUCUCUAAGUUAUUUAAAUUAUGGCUGGGGUGGGAGAGGGCGUGGGGCACUGGGACCUGGAUUUGUUUUUCUAAAUAAAGUUGGAAAAGCAGCUGC